GGAAAACCCGAGCACUGAACACCGUGAACGCCAUGACAACACAUACAGGAUUAGUUCCGAGCACUAAACACCGUGCACACCAUGACAAAACUUACAGGAUUAGAAAUAAAUGAUAAAAUAAAGGAUGCAUGGGUUUUGUAACGGUGCUCCUAAAAAUUAAAAGAUUGACUACGUUAUCUGAGCCGCAGCUUUUUAGAGAGAGAGAAUGGCGGUUUUCAAUAUUUUAUCAACUUCCGCCGGCGCCGGCGCUACCUUCUCAUUUCUUUCCUCCUCUUCUUCUUUUUUAAUUCUAAUAAUUAUUUUAACAAUUAUUGUUAUUGUUGUUAUUAUUAUUAUUCUAAUAAUUAUUACAGUAAUAAAAAAUUCCCAACCCCUCGUGUUUAUCACUUCUCUCUUGUCUCUUCUCAAACCAAAUCAAAAUCAUCUUCAAAGAGAGAGCUCUCUGAAAUGGAUACCCAUUUCUUCUCCAAGUCAGAUUGUAGAGCUGUUUGGACAGAUGGGGUUUCUUUCUUGGUUGACGUUUUGCAUGAAGAAUAUCAUAAAAUGCGAUGAUCUUUCUAAUGCUGUGUGCAGGCAGUGGAUAUUCCUGGAUUCAAGGCAGUUCCGUGCAUCAGAACUCAACUUCCAGCAAUAAAAGGAUGCAGGGUCCAUUGUGUUCGGUGUUUCCCUCAACACCUGCACAAGUCUCUUCUGUGGAGGACCUUUACGAAUUUAUUUGCUCGGGUCCUCUUAUAAGCAAGUUGGGUUUGACCUCAGAAAGGAUUGCUGACUCCAUCGACAAGUGGUUAUCACAUGGCUCGCGCUUGUGCCGAUUGUUUCAGCUUAAUGAAUUGUACCUUACUGCUCCUCAGAAAGCAAGGUUUUAUCACUAUUAUAUACCGGUCUUUGUAUGGUGUGAAGAUAAGAUUUCCAAGCACGUGUCCCAGUUCAAAGACUCGGAACAUAUACCUCCUUUAGUGAUUGGUUUUAGUGCUCCACAAGGUUGUGGAAAGACCACACUUGUCUUUGCUCUUAGUUAUCUCUUCCAGACAACUGGCAGGAAGUCCGCAACAUUAUCCAUAGAUGAUUUUUAUUUAACGGCAGAGGGUCAGGCCAAUCUAAGAGAAGCCAAUCCAGGAAAUGCGCUUCUAGAGUUUCGAGGAAAUGCUGGGAGUCAUGAUCUUCCAUUCUCAAUUGAAACGCUGUCUGCUUUAAGCAAACUGAAGAAAGCAGGUAUGAACAUGAAGCUGCCUCGAUAUGAUAAAUCUGCAUACAGUGGAAGAGGUGACAGAGCUGAUCCUUCAACAUGGCCAGAGGUUGAAGAACCAUUAACAGUGGUUCUAUUUGAAGGUUGGAUGCUUGGUUUUAAACCACUUCCAGUGGAAGUCGUCCAAGCAGUUGAUCCUCAGCUAGAGAUCGUAAAUAAGAAUCUUGAAGCUUAUUAUGAUGCAUGGGACAAGUUCGUUAAGGCAUGGGUAGUCAUCAAGAUUCAGGACCCUAGUUGUGUCUACCAAUGGCGUUUGCAGGCAGAGAUUGCCAUGAGGGAGGCAGGCAACCCUGGGAUGACUGAUGAAGAGGUCAAAGAUUUCGUUUCUCGUUACCUGCCAGCAUACAAGGCUUACCUUCCCACCCUUUAUGCUGAAGGACCCAGGGGUUCACAUCCAGAGAAUCUCCUCCUCAUCGAAAUUGAUGAAGGAAGAAAUCCUAUCCUAGGUAAUUAGAUGACUAUUUCAGAGCGAAGAUUGAUCUGAAGGGCCAAUUUUGAUUUCUUCAAGUGGUGUCAUGCAAUUUUUUGCAUGGGCGUCGGUUUUUGUCUGUAUCAUUAAGGGGAACAUUCAUAUGUAAAUGCAUAAAUGUAAUCUAAUUGUACAAUGUAACAUAACAUGGUUGCUCAAAUGAAUGGAAAAUCUUGUUAAGCCU